UUCACUCGUUGACUGUAAUCUGCACUUCCUGGAUACGCGUACGGUAAAACGUUCAUGUCGCUUAUUAUCUCAGUUUAUAAAAGUGUAAUAGUUUUUUUUUUCAUGUCCACAAAUGACCGCUAAUGUCAUUAAAUUAUCCAGAAUUACAUAACCUCGACACUAAGGUGGUGGUCGUCAAAGCAACACAGAGAUCGCCACGUCACUGAUCAGGACGGAGACCCAAAACCCGGAAUUAAUCUUUAAUUUUAACUUCAAUUAGCGUUAAUAUUAAGUAUAAUGACGGCGUCCAACUCAGGUCUGAUCAUGAACGUUGUGAACAGCAUCGUGGGAGUUAGUGUGCUCACCAUGCCCUUCUGCUUCAAACAGUGCGGGAUUGUGCUGGGAACCCUGCUGUUGUUCUUCUGUUCUUGGAUGACCCACAAGUCCUGCAUGUUCUUGGUGCACACAGCGAGCCACACCAAGCGAAGAACCUAUGCUGGGUUGGCCUUCCAUGCUUAUGGGAAACCCGGCAAAACACUGGUGGAGACGAGUAUGAUCGGGCUGAUGUUGGGGACCUGUAUUGCUUUCUACGUUGUCAUUGCUGAUUUGGGGUCCAACUUCUUCGCUCAGAUGCUGGGUUUGCAGGUGACUUUCGGUUUUCGGGUCCUGCUGCUGAUUGCCGUGUCUGUUUUCAUCGUGCUUCCUCUGAGUCUGCAGAGGAACAUGAUGUCUUCCAUCCAGUCGUUCUCCGCCAUGGCUCUCAUGUUCUACACCUUCUUCAUGUUCACGAUGGUGCUGUCCUCAUUCAAACACGGGCUGCUCAGUGGCCUGUGGCUGGGGCAGGUCAAUGUGGUGCGAUGGGAGGGUGUGUUUCGCUGUCUCCCCAUCUGUGGGAUGGCCUUCGCCUGUCAGUCGCAGGUGCUGCCAACCUACGACAGCCUGGACGAGCCGUCCGUCAAACGCAUGAGCACCAUCUUCACCUCAGCCCUCAACGUCGUCACCAUCUUCUACAUCACCGUGGGCUUCUUUGGCUAUAUCAGCUUCACAGAAGACAUUGCGGGGAACGUGUUAAUGAACUUCCCGUCUAAUCUGGUCACGGAGAUGAUUCGCGUUGGCUUCAUGAUGUCUGUGGCUGUGGGAUUUCCCAUGAUGAUCUUGCCCUGCCGCCAGGCUAUCAACACCAUGCUUUUUGAGCAGCAGCAGAAGGAUGGGACGUUUGCGGCUGGUGGCUACAUGCCUCCUUUGCGGUUCAAGACGAUCACCUUCUGCAUCGUGUUUGGCACUAUGCUGGGAGGCAUCCUCAUCCCCAAUGUGGAAACCAUUCUGGGCCUAACUGGAGCCACCAUGGGCAGUCUGAUCUGCUUCAUCUGCCCUGCACUGAUCUACAGAAAGAUCCAGAAGAAUGGCAUUAUCGCUCAGCUGGUGCUUUUGGUGGGUCUGGGAAUCCUCUUGAUCAGCACCUUUACCACCAUCUCAAUUUCAGCCAGUAGUUCUCGCGCCAGAAUUCAACCUCCUCCUCCAGCACCGGACCACAGUAACCACCUGCUCCCGGACCUCCCUGAGCCACGCGACAUUGCAUUAAACAAGAAGCCAGUGGAGAUGGAGAAACCUGCAAACCAACCUGCUGAGGUGGCACAGCCCAUAAGGAGGGAGCCGGCUGAACCCCCCCAAAUUAAGGGACCAGUGGAAUUGCCUGAGAGGAAGAAAGAUGAAGAGGUGCAGCUGGACCGCCCCGACGCCGGAGUCGCUGUGCCAGAGGCCGACGCCCAUCGCCACGAACCGCCCAACCCUCAUGACGAGGUCAUGAUAGACACUCGAAAGAACAAUGCAGAGCUGGAGCAGGACAAAAAACCGCCUCCUCCUACAGGUGGCGACGUAUUGGACCCCAAAAGAGAUUUAGGUCAUGACAUUAAAGCAGAGGAGAAGAGUGAAAAUAAACAGGGUGACGACGGGUUCAAUGAGGCCCUACAGAAGCCAGUUCCAGACGCAGUCAAGAAGCAGGAUGUUCCCUCACUAAAGGAAGUGAAUGAGCCAGAUCCUGCUGGGAAAGUGGCCGGAGCUGCUGAUCAGGCUGCCGCGGUUCAAAUCGAUCAUGCGGCCAAAGCCCCAGAUGCUGCAGGGAAACCUCCAGUUGCUGAAGGAGAGCAUCCGGCAGCUGCAGACAGCAAAGGCGUCGCAGACGACAAGAUGGAUGUGAUAAAAAAGCUGGUGGCAGAGGGUCAGCUCGACCACGCCGUGCUGCUGCAAGUGAUUAAAGAGCAGCAGGAGCAGCAAAAGAGGCUUCUGGACCAGCAGGAAAAGUUACUGGCCGUCAUAGAGGAGCAGCACAAGGAAAUCCACCAGAAGCAGCCUGCUGGGGUCGCUGCUGAGGGCGAAGGAGAAAAAGGUGUUCAGGAACACUUGGAGGUGAACGAAGGUGGAGCAGCAAAGGCUAAAGAUUCUGCCGUGGGGUCAGAGGUGAAGCAGCUGAGCGAUGAAGCUGCAGCGGCGCAGGCGGGAGCUGCCGAGGCUCAAGCUGCACCACAGAAUCAAGCUCCGGCUGCUGAUGCCGGGGAUCCUAAAGCAGCUGUUCAAGCAGCCAAUGGAGAGAACGAUCAUGUUAAACCUGUAGCACCUGGAGGAGAACAAAAAGAGCUGGGAGCAAGAGGAGUACCACUAGGACAGAAAAAACCAGAGGAACCGCAGCCAGUACCUGAAAACAGACAUUUAGCCCAAGCUGAAGGAGGACACGGGGGGAAAGAGGUGAGGGAAAGGAAAGAGAAUAAAGUGCUAGAGGAGGAACAGCUGGACAGGGUAAUAAAGGAGAAACUAGCUAGAGACCAGGAGUUAGAGAAGGAGAAAGUAAUAAUAAAGGAGGUAGUACAGGCAAAAGAUCAGGAAGAGGAGCUAAAGAGAACAGAUAAUGAAGUCAAGGCAAGAGUGGAAGAAGGAGAUGAACGGGAGAGAAAGGAAAAGCUAGCUGAAGAAGAUGAGUCUGCAAGAGAGGCAGAGAGGUUAAGGAUGGUGAAAGAAGUGCAGUUAAGAGUGGAAAAUGACCGACUAGAAAGGGAGAGACAAGUGAAGGAGACCAGCAAAGAGGCGCCGGAACAAGAAAGGGCAGACAAAGACAAAGCAGAGCAGGAGAAUGUUGCCAGAGCGGACAGCGAGAGACGAAAAGAGGAAGAGGGAUUCCAGAAGGACAUAACGAAAUCAGACGGUGAAAUAAAUGAAAGAGCGCAGAAGGAGAAGGAGCUGGAGGAGUCGAAGGAGAGGUUGGCUCAGCUGCAGCGACCCACAGAAGCUGAAAAAACUGCAGAUGGGGCUGAGAAGAAAGACGAACCUUUGAAGAAAGGAGGACAACACCUCAAAGAGAACGUUGCUGCUCAGGCGGGCCCCGGAGAAGGUGCACAAGAAGGGGCCUUCAAAGAUAAGACGGGCCCCCGAGGGUCCCACGAGAAGGUAAAGGACAAGGGAGCUGUAGAUCUAAAGCGGAGGCGCAGGGCACUGGGACCCGGAGGGCUCCUGGAGGAUCCCAGGGUUCCCGGCCUGGAGCCCCUGCUGGAGCUGGGGGGCUCCGAUUUGCACGCAGCCCUGGAGGAGCAGUUACUGGCCGGGGCGGUGGUGCGCUCACGGCAGAUUAAACGGGUCGUAAAGGCCAAGGCAGAGAAGUAACACAUGCAUCAGGCACAUUUUUAAACUCUGUUCUGAUCUGCAGCUGCAGAACCUCCUCAUACUGUGGACCAACAUAUUUGUUUUUUCCUUACGGACAAACGGGAACAUUCUACUUUGAGCUUUAUUCAGCGGGUGAAGACACAGAGUUUAAAUCAGUGUGGAAAUGACUCAAAAUCUUUAUUAAAAAUAGUGUAAAUAGUAACUUAUUUUAAUCUUGGUGGGGGGGGUAGAGGACGAUGCUAUAGCUGACGUCAAUUUGAAUCUGCAAAUAUUGCACGCUGCAGAGGUUAUUGCAGAGCUCCAGCGGAAAACCAUGAUUAGACCAUAUGUAGAUCAACCAGUUAAACCAAGAAGCAGUUUAUUGUAAGAUUUUAUCUCACCGUAUAAGCUGACGUGGUAUAAGUGUCUCAGCGUUCUAACUCAGUACCGGACCAGUUAUCAAAGUUUUGUCCUAAGGCCCCAGGUUGAAAAACCAUAGUUACCCUUUAAAUGUACCAUAAUUCCACAAUAUUACAUUAGACACUUAAUGAUAAAGUGCUGCCUUAACAAUUGGAAGAAUCUAUUUUUAAGCCUCCAUGAAACACAUUCAGGUUUAAGAUAAAACGGUGACCCCUAGUGAUUAAUGUGACUGCUAAGAGAAGCAAAAACAAAAAAACAAAGAAAAAACACAUUUUUAAAUCCACAGUCCCCGUGGACUUUCUUCUGAGGAUGCAGCAAUGGGGUUUAAGGAAUUGCAUUUAAACUGUUGCUAAGUGACAGCAUUUCAUUGUUACUUGCCAUCUGCCUUCCAGUCUAGUUUUUUUUUGUUGUUGUUUUGGUCAGCAUUUGUGCAUUUCUGUAACUAUAAGAUGUAAAUAUUGUAAAUCUGUUCAACUGUGCAUAUUCUUGAUAUUUUUCUUAUGCGAUUCUGUAUAUGUCACAUAUUGGACCUAAUGUGGUUUGGACCUUUUUCCAAAGUUGCUCAGUUGUGUUGCCAUGGUUACAGUCUUACGCUCACUCUUACUUUGAGGCCUAACUGUUGAACUGUAGACAAUGAAGCAGUUUGUAAUUUCGUUCCCGUCUUUCACCUCGACCUUGUUGAAAUCAGUGCCUUCCGAUCUGUACGCUGCAUUUAGAAAGAAAAUUUUAGUUUUGCUCCGUUUGUGGUUUUCCUGCUUCCAGUGACCUUCUCUUACUGUGAAUGAUGUUGGCGGUUGAACACAAGUCACUUUUAUUAAUACAGCUUUUCUAAAACUCACUCCGCCAGUCCGCACUAAAUACUUUUGCUUUGUAUGAGAGGCUAUUUUUCUUGAUCGAUUUUUCUGUGUGAGAGAUGUAUUUCUGGACACUUUGAGAUAAAUAAAUAAAACGUUUGUGCUCAGAAGAUGUAAACAAAUUUGUUUUACUUAAAAACAAAAACGCUGGACAGAGGUGCAUGGAGCAAUAAAAUAUGAAGCAUUUGAAUGCAAAAGCAGCGACCAGAAAACAAAUUUGACUCAUUGUGAACUACUACAGAAGUAUUUUAUUGCAUACACAUAAACUGCAUUCUAUGAAGUUUGUAAGCAUGGUGAGCAUGACUCACUGCUGCAUUAUUUUUUUUAAAUUACCUCAGUUCAGGUGGUAUUACUGAGUGAUGUAGAUGUUUAAAUGGAGUCAGGCCUAAACAGUGUUGACAGCUUGAGAUUGUCUCUGACAACAAUCAGAACUGUGGGAGUUUUAAGACAUUUUAACAUUAAACCUCAAACACAUCAAAAUGUAAAAGCUACAUUUAAAAACAGAUUUUGCACUAUAUGACCUCUUUCUUGAUUAUUUCAUCAAGACUGCUUUUGUUUUCAAAUCUGCUCCCAGAUGAAAGACUUUUUCCAGUUCUCAAUGUUUAAGAAAUAUGUGGCGGUGUCUGAAUAACUGAGGUUUAAAUGACUAUGCAGAGCAAAAGUCUGCAUGACCGUUGGGAUAUGUUUUCGUGUUACAUCUGUAAGAAACAUAAUUGUUUAGACUCAUGUCUGCAUCAUUUUAUAAAAAUUCUGGCUUGCUUGGAGUUCCGUUGCCCUGGUGGCCUGCCAUGCCUAUACCGUGUAUUCAGAAAGUAUUCACAGUGCUUCGCUUUUUCCACAUUUUAUGUUCCAGCCUUAUUCCAAAAUGAAGUAAAUUCAUUUUCCCUGUUAAACUUCUUCUCACAACACUCCAUAAUGACAUGAA